GAGCGAAGGCGAGUGACAGCGUGAAGGAGACGACCAGCAGAAAUAUAUUCCAGCUCUCUUAAUUCCCUUCAGACUCCCCCCACAUCCCCUAAGAAACCUGCAGGAGGUCCUCAGUGGAGAAGCUUAUGAAGGAAUAUUUGGUGUUUUCGUCAAUCACGUAUGUCAAAGUCUCCGAGCUUCAGGUGAGUGUCAAGACCGCAAGGACACACGUGUAGGUAGGAAGGUAGGCAAAACCCUGCCUUGUGUCGGCUAUUUCUCCAGAAGUUUAUCGGAAACUCUGGAUUACGACUCCUAAUUCAAAUCUCCCACCUUGAGGGAAGCGAACCCUGCCAGUGUGUCCUCAAAUGGAUCCUACUAGCAAGGAUGAAGACAGGGAAUAAUCACUGAGUUGUUCAGUGGUCGCAUCACAAUGCCUUUAUCCGGGUUGCGCCUGUUCAUCUAUUUAACAUCCUUAGGAGAUUAGAUUUUUUUUGGAUUUUUUUUAAAAAUGGGAUGGUGGCAUUCACCGAGUGCUGACUGGGCUUUCAGAGAGCCAAACACUGCAACGUUCGACCCGUUUCCCAGACCCUGAGGGGCCGGUAAAACCAUGAACCUGCGGGGUGGCAGCAAUGUGUCGGAGCUCAUCUCUCAAACCCUGGUUGUCGGAACCCCCCCAGAGGUCCUGGAACCCAACUUGUGGCCCUCGCAUGGGUUCCGACCGGGCCCUGCUAACACCAGCCAUGCCAAGUGUUCUUACGUCGGGAACAGCUCCAACGAGGACAGGGGUGGCUGGUUCUGCCAGGAUGUGGCGAAGGCGAGCAAGAACUGGGCGGCGCUGCUGAUCCUGGCAGUGAUCGGCGUCACCGUGAUGGGCAACAUCCUGGUCAUUCUGGCUGUCUCCUUAGAGAAGAAACUCCAGAAUGCAACCAACUACUUCUUGAUGUCUCUGGCCGUGGCAGACAUGCUCCUGGGCAUGUUGGUCAUGCCGGUCUCCAUGGUGACUAUCCUCUACGAUUACGGAUGGCCUCUGCCGUCAGAGCUGUGUCCUGUGUGGAUCUACCUGGACGUGCUCUUCUCGACGGCAUCCAUCAUGCAUCUGUGUGCCAUCUCGCUGGACCGCUACAUCGCCAUCCGGAACCCCAUCCACCACAGCCGCUUCAACUCGCGCACCAAGGCCCGCAUCAAGAUCAUGGCCGUGUGGACCAUUUCGGCGGGUAUCUCCAUGCCCAUCCCGGUGAUGGGACUGCGUGACCGGUCCAAGGUGUUCAAGGACGGCAGCUGCCUGCUGACCGACGACAGCUUCGUGCUCGCCGGCUCCUUCGUGGCCUUCUUCGUGCCGCUCACCAUCAUGGUGGUCACCUACUUCCUGACCAUCCGGGCCCUCCAGAACGAGGCCACCCUGUGCUUGGACCAGCUGGUCCCGCGGCCUAAGUGGGGCGCUGCCUUCACGCUCAGCUUCUUCCCGCAGGCCUCGCUGUCUUCCGAGAAACUGGUGAGGCGGGAAGCGGGCGGCUGCCGAGGGAGCGGGAGCGGAGGUCCGGUGGGUUCUUUCUUUGGGGGGCGCACCAUGCAGUCCAUUAGUAACGAGCAGAAGGCAUCCAAGGUCCUGGGAGUGGUCUUCUUCCUCUUUGUGGUCAUGUGGUGCCCCUUCUUCAUCACCAACGUGCUGGUGGCGGUGUGCGAUGCGCCGGCCUGCGACGCCGCCCUCAUGGGGGGCCUGCUCAACGUGUUCGUGUGGGUGGGCUACCUGUCGUCCGCCGUCAAUCCGCUUGUGUACACGCUGUUCAACAAGACAUACCGCGCCGCCUUUCUGCGCUACCUGCGCUGCCGCUACGCGCCGCCCUCCAAGAAGCCCCUCCAGCUCAUCCUGGUCAACACCAUCCCCCCAAUGGCAUACCCCUCCAUCGAGGGAAUACACAAUGUAUCCCCGCUCCCCGAUUUCUCCGUUGACUGUCGGGAAAAAGAGCCCCAAGAACUGGACAGAACGAUGGGAGACAAAGACGAAAGCUGCGUGUGAGCAGCGAGUUAACGGUCCUCUAUGCACACUAAGCACAGCCCGAACUUGAUUAGCAUUAGCUAAAGCAAAAACUUCCCAUCUAAGUCGGAUUUAUUCUAAUUCUCACUGUUGCAUUGAAACACCAAGCACAGCCCUAACAUUAAUUAGCCUAACCUAAUAAGCAUUCAAAUUAGCUUAACAUUAGCUUUAGCAUUAGUGUAUCUGUAUUAGGUAAUCCGUAAACAUUAUCCCCUUUGACAUUGUCCAUUUAAAUUAGCUUUUGUCAUAACCUAUUGUGUACAAACACCAAGCAUAGCCCGAAUAUGAUUAUCAUUUGCUUAGCAUUAGCAUUGAUCUGGAAAUCCCUUUCAAUCUGCCAACUAAAACGGCUUUUUUCCUGGAUUCUAAUUGUCACAAACAAACACGAAGCACAGACCAAACAUGAUUAGCAAUAAAAAUAGCUCAGCAUUAUAUUACAUAGCAAGGUACUGUAGCCUGACUACAAAAAGCAUAAAAAGGUAUCAUUUUCAAAUCGUACUUCUUAACACGCUAACAGUUGCUAUUCUCACAUAUAGUAACAAUCCAUGAUUUUUUUUCGAUAUGAUGUCAGAUUUAUUCAUACUUGUGUGUACCAAAAAUGGGGAAAUUCUGUCAAAAAUGGCAAUUGUGGCAAAAAUGGGAGUUGUGAUAAAAAAAAUAAAAAAAAUACUGCUGCCCAAAAACAGGAAUUGCGCAAUAAAUGGGAGCUUUGUCAAAAACUGGUAUUUUAAAAAAAAAAAAAAAAAAAAAAAAAAAAAAGGAUCAUGUUGAAAUGGGAAUCGUGUCAAAAUACUGAUUGGGCUAAAAAAAUAAAUAAAUAAAACAUUUCUUUUGACAAAAAUGGGAAUUGUGCUUACUAAUUGGAAUUUGACAUGAACACGACUUUAAAAAAAAUUACAUUUUGUUAGAAAAAUGCAAAUUGUGCAAAAAAUGGCAAUUGUGUCAAAAGUGCCAAAUGUGCCAUAAGUGUGAAUUGUGCCAGAGUCGUUAAAUGUGUCAAAAAUGCGGAUUACGUCAAAAACCGGCCAUGUUGGCAACUGAAAGGAUUUCUGUUAGACCAGAAAAAAGUGUAACAAUGGUGGUCCUUGCAUGGAUGUGUGAAGUGGGGACACAAGUGAGGAUCUGAUGUCUGAUGUCAUGUUUAUAUGCACAUAUGUACAAAUUAUGAUGUAUAAUAAGUGUCCAGUAUGUAAAGCUAUAUUUUAUAUUCUGGGCAGAGCUGUGUAAAUAAACUCAAGAGUUAGUUUUUCAAAUCAGUGAGAUGAUGGGGAUAACAAGCGCAACGUGCUGUCAGCGUCAGUGUGAACCACUCACGCGGAACAUUCCAGAAUCACAAAGAAACUGCGGGAUUAUUUUCAGUGGGAUGAUGAAAAAAAGGUGCGUGGAAGAUGAAAGGAGCUCAGAGUCCAAUCAUCUUUCUUUUUGUCAAAUGCCAAUAAA